AUGGCCGUUAAGAAAUUCACUGGAUUUCUCCUACUUGCCUUCGGUUUCGGUAAUUCUUUUUUCUUCAUAACAUUUGCUGUCUCUUUUAAAGGAGUGCUGGAAGUGUUGGUUUGUGAACUUUUGGAUUGCGUAGCGCUAACAGGACGUGAUAUUGGUGCAGCAUUGUUAAUGCUCGGGAAAGUUGGCUUCGCGGUUUUCGUAUCAGUUGCUGUAGAUGCCGUAGAGCCGCUCUUUUGCGAACUCGUGCUUGAUUUCGUGUCUGAUUUCGAAUUUGUUUUGACAUUUGACUUUGGCUCAGGCUUUUUUGCAUCAGCUACAGUGGGCAAGGAUGGCAUGGCUGAUUUCGUUGCUCCUGAAGUUCCAGCAGAUUUUACGUCUUUUGAAUUUGCACUAAGGCUUUUAGAUUUUGGAGACCUUUUCUUCACUAAUCUGCAGCAUUUACUCGGCAAAGCCUGCUUCGCGAUGUUUGCAUCAUUGUAA